ACUGAAUGCUGUUCAUUUAGUGCAACAUCCACAACAGUCUGCAGAAAUGUACAUUCCAGAGAGGAGGUGAAGUGAGUGUCUUUACAUUCCAAAACUGCCCCAGCUUUAAGGAUACAUUAUGAUGAAGUGUUAUGUAUCCUAAUAGGCAUUGAAAGCCAGCUGUGAGGUUUCGUUGCCAAGGCAACUCAGACACCCACUCUACAGUGCUUGGCUCACCCUUGCUGAGCAGGCACAUUGGUCAAGACCCACUAAAAGUGACCGAACAACAAGAGAGAGGGAAAGAACGAGUAAGCUAAGUUUGGAAGGUUGCCUGAAUCAAGAAGAGCAGCUGUAGACACCAGCAGCUGGAUUUCACUACCAUCCUGAUGCACAGCACCCUCUCAGACUGACGGGUUUUCUCUGGCAGCAAACUGGCAGAGAGAAAGAGAGCUCACACAGGUGGGCCAGCAACAUCCCAGAGAUUAUAGAUUUGGAGAUUACAGGACAACAGCAGGUCAGGCUACAUUGCCUUGUUGAAAUCCGUGUUCUCCACCUCACCAAUUCUGUUAAGAGCUGUUAUUGUGAAAUUGGCAAGCGAGUCCUGCGACGCAACACAUUUACAAGCACUCGGCUGAUCACAUACUCCACUAGCUGUUAGACAGAUGCAGUGUUAGAAGAAAAUCGGAUGAAUCUUCAAGCUACUUUCAUUGAAGACACCGUAAAGAUCAAGGAACUAGCAUGGUGGCGUGUCUGUGCAUUUAAAGUAACUACUGCCGAAUGAAUGAGAUGGAAAGAGUUUUGAGAGUGUUGUAGAAUGUAAAACUAUUCAAGAUGUUUGCAAAAGAGCUUCAUUACAAGUCUGUGAGAAAACUCCACCCUUUUCCACCUCUGGCUGCGAAGUUCGACAUGGUGGCUUGCUAGACGGAGCGUACGGGCGCGAACACACCGGAUUAGAGUGACAAACUUGUACUCAUAGAGGACUGUAACGGAACAGACACAGAUGACAGCCUAGCUUGUCUGGCACUGAGAUGUCAAAACCACAGAGGGGACUAUUCCUCCAACUGUCACUGCAGGGAGAAUAGUGUCGAUCACACACACGCCUACAAGCAGACUGUUUUUUAGAGGUGAAAGACUGGUGUGUGUUUGAACCGUGGCAGUAUAGACAGUUCAAAAGCGUGAGAGAGAGAGCUGGAGGAGAUCUCACAGUGUAGGGGGAAGAGAGCGAAAAUAAAGAGCGCUAAAAAGGCACCACAGCAGUGGUGACACAUUAAAAGAGAAGACUGACAGACUGGAGAUCAGCAGUGGCAGUUCACAGGUGCACAGUUUUGUGAGAUUCACACACUUUUGGGUUUAAAACCUGUAGCUCAGUACGCUGUGUAGUACUGAGUCCAGUUUGGGCACGGUGGCAGGGGCCGGUUCAUGGGAGUGGGGCGGGCGCAUGCCGUCUGUGCCUCCGCAGCGAGAGGGACGCUUCAGCUUGGGAUGGGGUUGGGCUGCAUGGGCUCGGGCUCAGAGGAUGGGCGAGCUGAGACCCUGGGUGGCUGCCGGAGUCGGACAUGCAGUGGCAGGAGAACGAGGGGGUAAACGAUGUUCCCUUCGCUUCUGCGUGGUCUUGGGAUCCCUUGCCCUCCUGUUCCUCACCUCACUCUUCUUCUCCUUCUCGCUGAGAGGAGGAGCCGGCUUGCCUUACUUGGAACCCCCGGGAUGGGAAGAGUCACGCAGAGUUAAGCUAGUGCCCAGCUACUCCGGUUCCCACUUUGUCAUCCCGGCUGAGAGCUCUCAGCAGAAGACAUGUGCCUGCUCUCAGUGCGUGGGCGACCCAGGCAUUUCUGACUGGUUCGACGAGAACUAUGACCCGGACAUCUCGCCUGUGUGGAUUCGGGACAACAUCCAGCUGCCUUCAGACGUGUACUACUGGUGGGUGAUGUUGCAGCCUCAAUUCAAACCCCACAACAUCCAGCAAGUUCUACAGAGGCUGUUCCAGGUCAUUCCAGGCCGUUCCCCAUAUGGUUCGUGGGACCCUGCCCGCUGUCUGCGCUGUGCCGUGGUGGGAAAUUCGGGCAACCUCCGGGGGGCAGGUUACGGUCCAGUGAUUGAUGGCCACGACUUCAUCAUGAGGAUGAACCUGGCUCCCACUGUAGGGUACGAAGAGGAUGCCGGCAGCCGUACCACACACCACUUCAUGUACCCAGAAAGUGCCAAAAACCUGGCGGCCAACGUUAGCUUUGUGCUGGUGCCCUUCAAGACUCUCGACUUGUUGUGGAUCACCAGUGCCCUCUCCACCGGCCAGAUCCGCUUCACUUACGCUCCAGUGAAGCAGUUUCUGCGUGUGGAUAAAGACAAGGUUCAGAUCUUCAACCCAGCUUUCUUUAAAUACAUCCAUGACCGCUGGACACGUCAUCAUGGCCGCUAUCCCUCCACUGGCAUGCUUGUGCUGUUCUUCGCUCUACACGUAUGUGACGAGGUGAAUGUAUUUGGUUUUGGGGCGGACAGCAGGGGAAACUGGCACCACUAUUGGGAGCAGAACCGCUAUUCUGGAGAGUUUCGUAAAACAGGUGUCCAUGAUGCAGACUAUGAGGCCCAGAUCAUUGACAAGCUGACCAAGGCUGGCAAGAUCUCAGUCUUUCCUGGAAAGUGAAUCUGGGCACCAGGUGCAAAAGAAAUGGAUCAACUGAUGGACUACCAUAAACAAAACCACCCAUUAUCCACUUGACACACAUAGUGUGCCUGUUAAACGUGAUCAAGAAGUAAUUUUUCAUGAUCUUAUUACUAGUCUAUGCUGUCCUGAAUGGACAGGAUUCUGGGCAGCAUCCCCAUGAUGUGGUGGUUUUGAGAGGAGACACUAGUACUAAAUGUACUAAUGUGCUUUUCCUUGCAAGCCUACCUCAACUAGGAUAAGGAACUUGACUUGGCAAGGAACACUAAUAUCUCAACACUAAUCAGCAUGUUAGAUAUAUGUGCUGGGAAUGGAUUUGGCUUAUAUUUAUGACUUUUGUUGAAUAGUGAUGAUGUGGGAACUCUUAUCUCGUGCCGAGGCCCCGUAGAUGAGUGAGACCAACAAUUACCAUAGUGUAUCCUAAUACUAGUAGUUCUCUGUGAUUCAUUAAAGAUAGUUGACCCAAAAAAUGAAAAUUGUCGUAAUUUAUUCACCCUCAUCUAGUUCCAAACCUGUAUGAUUUACUUUCUUCUGCAAAGCACAAAAGAUAUUUUGAAGAAUGUUGGAACUGUCCAUGUCAAUGAGGUCAAUAGGGUCCAAAGUUGUCUUGCACUGUUGUCUUCACAGAAGGAGAAGUCAUACAGGUGUGGAAUUGAAUUAAAAGCUUGGACAUAGUGGCGGGUCGUUUCACUAGCGUUAUAGCGCAGCAGUUAGGCUCCUC